AUGAACAAACUAACCAUCUUGAAUAAUCAAUUCUAAGCAUAUCAAACUGGACUAGCAGAACAAUAAUACGCUUUACAUGAUACCAUGCUCCAAUAAGAGAAUUAAUCUAGCUAUUAUAUCUAAGAACUAACUGAGAAAGAUUUUGAUGAAUAUGCUGAGUUAGUAGGAGAAUCAUUUGAAAAAAGAGAUUGUUUUUCGAAGAUAUUUGGGACUAAAAAGGAGGCUUUCGUGAAGACUCUUCAUUCAAUGAAACAUUUAAUCCUUGAAUCUAAAUGCUCAUUCUUGGCAAGACACAAAUAAACUAAUGAGAUUGGAGGUGGACAAUGUGGAAUAGAUUAUCUUGCAGAUCAUGAUUGUAAGGCAGAUGAAAAAGUUUAAUAUGUUCUGGAUAUGCUUGAUAAAGCAAAAAAUCAAUGCAUAGAGUUAGGUUUGAUAGAUCCAAAUCUCAAAUACUUAGACAUAACCUGGAGUUUUAGUAGGGAAGGUCACGAAAAUUAAGGACUCCAAAAGAUUUUAUCAAGAUAUUCUGAUUUAAGAGCUAAAGAAAAAGGUUAUGACUACACUCUUUGUGAAGCAACUCAUUAGAUUACUUUAAAUAAUGCUCUAAAAGUUGGAUAUGAGCUUAUUAGUUUAUUUGAGCCAGUGAAGUUUUUUAAGAAGGAAAUAGCAGAGCAGUAUAAUAUUCCUAGUGAUCUCAAAACAGGAAUAUGCAUAAAAAGUUUAGAUUGGUGA